CGAAUUCAGUUGCUCGCGACAACCGAAAGGAAGCUAACGAAGUGCCGCACAGCGCGAAAUACUUACUACUAGUAUUACUGUGCCAGCUGUUGUGAAGAAGUUGUUGGUGAGCAGGCAUGCAAAGAUGCAGAGCAAAGUUGGGGUAUAACUAUUACAGAAAAGUAGCAACAGUAGCAAAACUAAAGUGAAGCAAAAAAAAACAAAACAUAUGUACAUUCAGCAAAAGCAAUAGCAGCAAGCAAAAGCAAAACAGCAGCAAAAGCAAAAUACUAGGUGUGCAAAAGCUAUUUUGCAGCAUCAGACAUUAUGGAGCUAGUUUCAAAAUCAAAUAUGAGCACAUUAGAGGAUCGUUCAACAAAAAGUAUGGAAAAACUCAAAAUGUUAGACAUCACACGAGACAGACCGGUUAAAGUAGCUGUUAAGGUGGCUGUACCAGUGCGAGAUCAUCCAAAGUUCAAUUUCGUCGGCAAAUUAUUGGGGCCCAAAGGAAAUUCUAUGAAACGUUUGCAGGAGGAGACAAUGUGUAAGAUGGCAGUGUUGGGUCGCGGGUCGAUGCGCGAUCGCAAAAAAGAAGAAGAAUUACGCGCCAGUGGUGAUAGUCGGUAUGCCCAUCUAUUCGAGGAUUUGCAUGUAGAAAUUUCAACAUUUGCUGCGCCCGCCGAAGCACAUGCACGCAUAGCAUAUGCGUUGGCUGAAGUGAGGCGGUUUUUGGUGCCGGACUAUCACGACGACAUACGACAGGAGCAGAUGUGGGAAAUGCAAGCGCUGAGUUCCUCAUCAUCCCUGACCUACACCGACGAUCAGCAUAGUCCCAAUCGUGGUGGCGUCACCGAUAUGGAUACAUCGAAUGAUGAUAAGCUGGAGAUGGAACCUAACGGCAUGGAGUGCAAUACACUCGACAAAAAUGAUGCACAACAGUUGAGUCUGAGUAGUGAACAUCACCAGCAACAACAACAUCACCAACAACAACAACAACUCCAACAACAACAACGCAAUUUGCACCAUUUACUACACCAACCGCCGCCGUCAACACGUGGCCCCAAUCCUACAGUCGCCGUAGCAGCUUCCCAUCAUCACACCAAUCUUUUGCCGAACAGCACUGAUGGAGGAGGGCUUUGUCAGAAAACGAAUGUCACUAGCGCAGCAACAACAAUGAAUUCCUUCCCACUAGUACAUCCGACUGCCAUGACAGUUGCAUUACAACAUCAAUUGACCGCCGCUGCUAGUAUUGGUAACUUGUUGAAGCCAUCGGCGACUACAUCAGCGGGUGUGCCUGCAGUGGCUGAUUUACACACAGCGGCAGCAGCAGCAGCAGCGGCGGCGGCGGCGCAACACUCCAACAACGCUACGGGCAUACCGUUGUCGAGCGAUGCUGAAUCGCCCAUGGCAGCCACAUUGGGUUUGUUGGAUCCACCCACGAGCGCAUUGUUGCAUCCGGCGUUGCGCAGUGUCAAGGCAAUCAAUAUUGCCGGUGGCCUGGCACGCAAGCGUCCACUUUUAGGUGUGCCCCGUUCAACUAUGAAUCCAACUAAGCGAACUGUUAUGACUUUACUCGCAAGAGCUAAAAAUUCGCAGGCUUUACAUGCGGUACGAAAUCCAAUUGCAGCCGCUACGGCGGCUAGAUUCGCUGAUCCUUUACAGAUGCUUACCUCCCCCUUCAUUUUAUCAUCACAGCCAAUGGAUCAGUCGAUGCUAACAUUUCCUAAAGAAAGUCUAGCACAAGGAGUCUAAGUAC